UGGAUAUAAAGAAAAUAUCCCAUAAUACUUAUUGUUUAAUAAUGACCUCUUGUUAAAAAAAAUUAUGUUUUGUGUCAUCUAUUUUCCGUCUUAAAAGAAAACAACAAAAGCAGUUUUCUGCAGCAAAUUAGAUUUGAGCACGAUAGUUCUUUUUUGCGGCAAAUUAAUGAGAGAUGUCAUAAUUAAUGAUCACGGAAGAUGAUUAAACAAAGAAGAAAGAGCUUCCUCGUGAAAUUUGAGAAGGUCGUAAUAAAUUUCAGAGGGAAAUAUUUAAAACCCAUCCUUGUAAGCAAUAAAGCACAUUUUAAAUUUAUUCUGUGACCAUAUGAUUUCGUAAAAGUCGACUUUUUCUGAGAUGGUUGCCUUUAUCCUUCUCGGGGUUUCUCUCUCUAUAGUCCCCAGGUCCGUCUCUACGUGUUGUUUACCCCUCCAGGGCCAGUCAUUCAUGGACGUUAUGACGUCACUCUCAGGGAGCCCAAAGGAAAAACGAUUUCAGCAAAUGAUGGUUUCCUAUGAUGCCAUAUCCCAAAAAUUUGCGCAGUAUUAUCUAACUACACCUGAGGGAGAUGAAGUCAACAUUAUAGAAGAUUACCCGGCUGGUAAAGUCUAUAACUGGAAUCGGGAUACUUGUAGAGUAUAUAAAAGCGGUGCCUUUCAGAAUAUAUGUAUUCCAGCUGAAGCUAAGUUUGUGCAGAAGACUUUUAUGGGAGUUGCUCCCGAAAUUAUUAGUUUGGACACCUAUAUGCUGAGGCAGAAGAAUUACACAUUAUUCUACAGACUUGGGUUCAACUGUACCUUUGUUGAGAUUGGUGCAUCUUCCCCCAUAAUCCCUCAGCCUGAUGGGCUGCAAUUGUACGUCUUUUACAACAUGACAUUAGGAAUCAAAGAUCCAUCAGUCUUUAUUCCACCAAAGAUGUGCUUCAAAAAUGCUAGUCACGAAAAUCGACAGAAAACCUUGUUUCCAACCAAAUCGCAUCACUAA